CAAAACAAAAAUACGGGGCAUUGCCAAAAUAAAAUAACAACAACAACAAUCGAACUGAGAAAUAAUGGACAGACAAACCGUCAAUUGAAAACAAAUAGUACAAUGAAGUUUUAUUUUUGGAUCAGUUGGACUCUCGGCAAAUAAAGAGAUUCAGUGCGGAGUAUUAAACCAAACAACAUAAACACGUGUCUUGAACGUUACACAGAAAUUGAAAUCUACGUAUAUAUAGACGGCUAUAUAUAUAUUUAAUUGAAAUUUUUUGAUUGAACUUUGAUCGAAGGACGCCGUGCACGUGAGAUGGCCAAGUUAAUCAUAUUUUGUUGUAUUAUUUGGUUCACUGGAUUAUCGGCUCUGCCGAUCAUCGACUUGGAUGAAAUCCCACAGACAGAAAGCUGCCCGCUGGACAGUCAAAGAAAUGACAUCCUAGAGAGUUGCACCUGCCUACCGUGUGCGGAGGUGCCAACAUGUAACCAGGUGCUCGUCGAGGUUUAUCCCGGGGAUGGGCAACCUGGCAGCUGUUGUCCCCACUACAAAUGCAGCGACUCGGAGCCCGUUUGCAAUGGUACCAAUGUCACGUACUUUCCCAAUAAGUGCACCAAGUGCGAAUCCUGCAAUUCCCAUGCCAUUCGCUGCAUCCAAUUCUGUGACCUGUCCGUGGAGGUCAGCAACUGCCUGACCAUGCCGAACGAGACUGCAGUCGCCUUGGGAGGGACUUGGACGGAGAAUGGUGGAUGCACUUUGUGCAGAUGUACUUUGGAUGGAGAGCGCGAUUGCCAGGCCACAGAAUGCCCGCUUGUGGAUUGUGAUAGACCCAUUAGGAAGGAAGGGGAGUGCUGUCAAACUUGUCCGGAUGAGGCAUCAGCACCACCACCACACAUCUCGAUCCUCCAGCCGUACUCGGGUGCAACCAAAGGACCUGAAACUGCAAUUGUUAGCUCGACAUCAUCGGCUGAAGGUUUCCCAUUGAUUCCGGACCUACAAGCACCUUUCAGCACGGUUUAUUCCGAUUUCUAUGAGCUGGCCAGUAGUACCACCGACGCCGAGGUUAGCUCUGACGCUGCGGAGAACAUCGCCUCAUCGGAAGCGCCUCUGCAGGAGAACAACUCCUCCACAAGAGACCUGGAAGCUAGCACAGAUUCAAGCUCAGAUUCUUCGAUGGUAUCUUCGACAGAUCAGAGUACAACAAAUGGUCCAGCUUCUACUAGCGAGGCAUCGGCUUCUUCAGUCUCUGAUCUUCCAGCAUGGACAAGUCAGAGCCCGGCUGAGACCACAAGGACAGAGCAGAAAUCAACCGAUGAGCCCGAGGUUCAGACACCGGAGUCAACCAGCCAGGUCAAGGCGGCCAGUGAGGAGAAGGUUACCCGCGAUGCCAGGAAUAAUAAUACCGAACAUCGUCCCUAUGUGUCCCAGGAUAUACUCGAUAUUGAUUCCAAAAACCUUUUUCCUGUGAAAGCAGUAAUUCUGGUUGCUGUUUCGGCUCUUCUUUUGGCUGUAGUUGGCAAGAAGGUCAAUGGCAACUAUCACGAGGUCUCUACCCAGCAGCCCCAGGAGGUCUGCAAUCUAAAGUCCUUUGAAAGUAAGGUUACUUUCAGAGAUGAAAAGAAGCAUUAG